GCGUCGGUCAGUACCUAACGAUGGCGUGUGUAUUUCUCAUCGUGUUCUCCAGUGUUGUAUUUACUGCGAGUGCAUCAUUGUUCUCGUCUGUGCCGAGCGAGGGCAGACAGCAGUGGGAGCGCAUCGUGGGCGGCACGAAAGCUCCGAACGGCUCCUACCCGUACCAGGUGUCGCUGCGGUUCUGGGGCGUGUGGCACUUCUGCGGCGCGUCGCUCGUCACGCCGAGGGUUAUACUCACCGCCGCGCACUGUGUCGACAGAGCGAAGCCAGAGUACUUCAAGGCGGUGGUGGGCACGAACCAACUCCGCGCGGGCGGCACCGCCUACGACAUCCGCAAGGUAGUUGUGCACGAACAGUACGACGACGACGUCAUCGUCAACGAUAUAGCGAUACUCUUCACUGAGGAGGAGGUGCAGUUCGGAAAGACGGUAGAUGCUAUCGAGCUGAACGAUGAGCCGCUGCAGAAGGGCGAGGAGUUGAUACUCACUGGAUGGGGUACUACAUCGUACCCCGGCAAGCUACCGAAUGACCUGAUGCAGCUGCACCUCAAGUCGAUCACGUACGAGGAAUGCAAGUCAGCGCACGACGGCGUCAACGCCGUGUUCGACACGCAGCUCUGCGCACUCACCAGGGAGGGAGAGGGUGCCUGCCACGGUGAUUCAGGAGGCCCGCUGGUGAGAGAAGGACGACAAGUAGGAGUGGUGUCCUGGGGCAUCCCGUGUGCCAGGGGAAAACCGGACGUCUACACCAGGGUGGAGUCGUACAUGCGCUGGAUCGAGAAGACCCUGUACGAUGACGACGAGGAUCACCUCAAGUACCUGAACCGACCCAAGACGCGGAGACUCGACGCUAUGUAACCAUUAUACUGAGGGCCUGUUACAAGUUACAAGUAAAAUUUUAUUUGAUAUUUAUUGAAACAACUAAUGUAAAUAGUAUUCAUUUUGUUACCAUUUAUUUGGAAUCAUAAAUUACAAUUUGGCUUUUGUAUUUGGUCGGCUUAAAAAGCUAUGUGACGAGAAAUCUUAACUCUGAAGUAAUAAGACAUGGCAUUAUAGAUGGUCUGUGGCUCGGCGCCGACACUUAUGUAUAGAGACUGUUAGAUAUUAAGUUAUGUUAUGUAUAUUAUAAUAGAUUGCAAUUUAUGUUUAUUUUA